GACUGCAUCUUGCUGUCUAAAGAGGUGAUAUUUCACAAUGAGGCGUGCUGCAGCUUUUCUGGCGUUGCUGCUCUGUCUGUACUGGACGGGGGCUCAGGGUGAGAGAGGAGGGCUGACAGGGAAUGAUAUCACUCAGACGGAGGUUCAGUCUGAGAUCCUGGGUGUCAAAUCAACCAGUGAUCAGACCAACAUCACCCCUGACAUCUGGGCUGAGCUGAAGGAGCUGAGAGACAUGGUCAUCGAACACAGAAUGGAGCUGAGGAAGCUGGAGCAGGAGAAUACAGCCAUGCAGACCAGACUGACAAUCAGUGAAUACAAGAAUGCAGUGUUGGAGUCCAAAAUGACCGACAGUGAGAAUAUGGUCAAAGAGCUCCAGAGUGAGAACACAGCAAUUAGGAUAUGUUUAUUUGAUAUCAAGACAGCCAGUGAAUGCAAGAAUGCAGUGUUGGAGGCCAGAAUGACCGCCAGUGAAAAUGAGAUGGAGGAGCUCAAGAAGGAGAACACAGUGUUGGAGGCCAGAAUGAACGCCAGUGAAAAUGAGAUGGUGAAGCUGAAGAUAGAGAAUGCAGUGUUGGAGACCAGAAUGACCGCCAGUGAAAAUGUGAUGGAGGAGCUCAAGAAGGAGAACACAGAUCUUCAAUCCAGAGUAACAGCGAGUGAAGAUAAGACCACAGUGUUGGAGACCAGAAUGACCGCCAGUGAAAACGAGGUGGAGGAGCUGAAGAGACAGAUUGCAGACCAACCAAAGGUGGCGUUCUCACUUGGUCUCACUGAUGAUGGACUAAUUGGACCCUUCAAUACUGCCAUCACACUCAAGUUCAGUAAAGUCUUCACCAACUUUGGUCAGGGCUACAGUCCAACUACAGGUCUCUUCACAGCCCCAGUCAGAGGAGCCUACUACUUCUCAUUCAAUCUACUGGAUGGCCGGAGUAACGCAUACAGGGAUGUUUAUCUCUAUCACAAUGACAAGAUUGUGUUGGUCAGUGCUAAUCACAGUGCAAAUGCCUGGGAAAGUGUUUCUAAUUCACUGGUUCUUCAGCUGGAAAAGGGGGAUGUGGUCUACCUGGUUUUACCUGCUGGCUAUAGUGUAUUCGAUGAUACUGGUGAUUAUACUUCCUUUAAUGGAUUUCUGCUUUUUCCACUGUGAGACUCAAACAUGAGAAUUGAUUUACCCCCAAAUGUUUGGCAUAGUGUAUAAACAAGUCAUACAGUAUUCAUGUGUAUAUGAAAGGAUGCACAUUGUUGCUGUGUUGACUUUGCUCUGCAACAAACUACAUAUGAAAUAAAAGAAUGAAUAUGAGGUUAAA